AUGGAAAUGAGACUUACCCCAAUUGUAUGCAUUGCUCAAGAUUAUAUUCAAGGAAAAACUGUGGAUGAUAUACGGUUACGUCAAGCAAUACUUGAACUACCUAACAAUAAAACAGAACAUCUUCCAGGGUAUUUACCUCUCAUACCAGGAAUGCCAGUUUUACUCACAGAAAACAUCGCUACCGAACUGGGACUCCCUAACGGUACGCGAGGAAUCUUUCGUCAACUUGUAUACGAUGAACCACCAGAAGAUGAUCGAUACCAUGAUCAAAAUUUUCCACCAAAUACCAAGUUUACAACACAACCAAAAUACGCUUUAGUGGAAUUUCCUGGUUGCAAACUUGAUGAAAAACUUGCUGAACUGUCUUCCAAAAUAGUUCCUAUAGCUAUUAGUGAAAAACAUUCUUGUUCGACGCCAAAGAACUUCUUCCAGAAAAUGUAG